ACCUUGUUCUGUCUUUUUCAGGGUCCUUCGGCUGACACUGGAUUGGUGACGCGGCAUGCAUAUUCCAUCACAGGUGUCACUGAGGUGGAAUUAAAUGACUCCAAAGUACGACUGGUGCGAGUCAUGAACCCAUGGGGCAAACGGGAGUGGAAUGGAAAAUGGAGCGACAAGUCAGAUUUGUGGGACAAAGUAAGUCCAGAAGUAAAAAAAAAAGUGUUUCGACCGUGACGACGGAGAGUUCUGGAUGCAAAUGGAGGACUUCUGUUCCUAUUUUGCUAAAGUAUCCAUCUGCUGUGAGACCCCUAACUUUCUUGAUGGAGACUUAAAAUGUCAGUGGAAUUGCAUGAUUUACGAUGGGAGCUGGGUAGCAGGGACAUCUGCAGGUGGCAAUGUGAAACACUCCACCUUUGCAACAAACCCUCAGUAUCGCAUCCGAGUGACUGUUAUAGACAAGAAGGAGCCAGGAGACAAAAACAUCGUGCUCUCCCUGAUGCAGAAACCUCAUCAGGGAAAUCGCAAAGAGAUAAGCCUCCACCGAACUAGACUUACCAUCUAUAAGAUUCCGCCAGGGACCCCACAAGGACGCCUGCAACAGGAUUUCUUUCAGAGGAACAGGCCUGUGAAGGCAGAAAAGACUUACAGCACUCGGCAAGAUCUCAUUGAACUCCACAGUCUGGAACCUGGAGAGUAUGUGAUCAUCCCAUCCACCAAAGAACCCAACAUCACUGCAGAUUUCACUCUCACUGUCUACACCAAGACUGACGAAUAAGAUUAUGUAAAGAAUCCUUCACAUAAUGAAGGAUUAAAAUGAUUAAUUCAGGAUAAUAAACUACAUGAAUUAUUUACUUAACAAAAGACACCAUAGGGUAAUUUCCUAUUUGUUAGCCAGACAUGAGCUGUGUUAUCUCUGCUGGCUGUGAAAUACGGUUGGUUGGGUUAAAAAUGGUCACAUGAUUGUGUGAAAUGUAUAGUUUUCAGGGUUUUUAUCGGUUUUC